UAAAACCCCGGCCUGUUAAAACGAAUUGGCGGCACCGAGCAGCGUUCAUAUUCCGAGAUAACGUGUUGGUAAAGUUAGACGAAGCUCUCAAUUGCCGCAGCGUUCGACGCUGGUGGAAAACAGCUGGUUUCCACGUGGAAUUUUGAGAAAUUCGUUUUUGGCUUAGGGAUGUGCGAGACAACGCAUUCUCCAAAAUAAAAAUCGCCGUGCACUAUGGUCGAAAUUGCAGCUUCGCUUUACGAAUCGGAAGACGAACAGAAUAAGAAAUUUUUAAACACUUCUCAAAAUGGGCAAAUAACCACGAAGAUUUCUGAAGAAAAUGACGAACAUCCGAUGGACGAGGGUGCUAGGGCUUGGUUGGUGAUGGUUGCAUCAUUCUUGUGUCAUGGUAUUUUGUUUGGGGUCAUUAACUCGUACGGCGUUUUUUAUUCGGAAUUCUAUGCGAGACUGGAAAGUCAAAAUGUGAGCAACCCCUCAGGAAAAGCGGCUUUGGCGGGCUCACUAGCCAUGGGGAUGACGUUCUUCAUAUCUCCUAUUUCGGGUGUCCUAACGGACUACAUCGGUAUAAGAAAAACGACUUUUUUGGGCGGAGCGAUAGCAUCUCUUGGAAUGUUUCUUUCUUCCUUCUGCACUAACAACAUAACAGCAUUCUGCUUUACCUAUGGCAUCGUUUAUGGUCUUGGGGGUGCGUUGACUUACACUCCGUGUCUAGCCGUGCUCGGUCAUUAUUUUGAUAAAUAUUUGGGAAUUGUUAACGGAAUAGUUACUGCCGGUAGUUCCACCUUCACCAUAGCGAUGCCUUAUAUUCUGGACAGUUUACUGAAAACUGUUGGCCUCGACUGGACAUUACGGUUCCUUGCCCUGCUAGCCGCGUUUCUGAUGGCGUUAGCAAUUUUGUUUAAACCCGUUAAGAAAACUUCUUCCAUUCGGAAAGUUUCGGUGAAGGAUAUUUUCAACAUGGAUAUAUUAACCAACCCCAAAUAUAUUAUAUGGAUAAGCGUAAUAGGUUUAUGCCUAUUUGGUUACUUUGUUCCUUACGUGUAUAUGUUCGAUUUUGUCAAAAACAAUUUUCGGGAUACGGUGGACAAUAAACUGCCCGUUCUGUGCAUAGGGAUCAUGUCCGGAGUCAGCAGACCAGUGGUCGGCAUGAUAGUUGACCGCACUAAAGUCGACAAAAUAUUAUUGCAGCAGCUGGCUUUUCUUUUGUUGGGAAUUCUCACUGUACUGCUGCCCUUCACAGAAACAUUUCCCAUGCUUCUCGUCAUUUGUUUAGGCAUGGGAAUAACCGACGGUUGCUUCAUUAGUCUUCUGGGUCCCGUUGCAUUUGAAAUAUGCGGAAAGGAAGGUGCUGCUCAAGGAAUAGGGUUCCUUUUGGGUGUGUGCAGUGUGCCUCUAACGAUUGGGCCUUAUAUUGCCGGUCUUAUAUACGACAACCAGAGAAGUUACACGUUGCCGUUCGUAUUAGCCGGAAUUAACCCCGCAUUGGCGUCUUUUGGCAUGCUCGCUAUACGAUGCGUAAGAAUCAGAUCGGCCAGAUCCGAACGAAGUACCAUCGAAGAACGUUUAAACAUUUCAGAAAAGGAGGAACAGGGCUCGAAAGGUAGGUUGAUUGGUCAAAGUCAAAUGUCAAAAGCUUUAAUUCUCGAGUACGCUUCUGAUACAGAACCCAAGCGAUGUUACAGUUAUUCUGUGUUAUGACAAUGGCUGAUACGUUUUGUAUUAACCGCGCUUGUAUAUACAUUUUAACCUUUUGUGUACAUAUUAGAGUCCAAGUAAAGCUAACUUUUCUAAGCAAGUGUUUUAAUUGCAUGUUCACCUUAUGAAGCUCCACAAAGUUGUCACUUAUAUAUAAGAUUCAACGCAGAAAAGUCGUAUUAUUGGUAUUGAGAAUUUUGCAAUUCAAAUUGAGUAAAUAGUGAAAAAGAUACAAAUAGGGUACCUAACAAUAACUAGGUAAUUAAAUUGGGUCUCAAAUUAUCUUUUAAACCGUUUCGUCCUGUUGGUAAUCAUUUCAGCUAACUUAUCGUAUAGUAUGAAACUUGUAAAUCAAGAAUAGAUUUUCACUGCCAACAUAAAAUAUUUUAUUUUAAUAUUGUACUAAAUAUAAACUUUCUGCACAUUCUGUAUGCGACAACUAACUCAUCUCAUAAUAUAAGUAAGUUAUAACCAACGUUUCAACUUGCUUGUUUUUUUUUUAUUAAGUAAGUAAAAGUAAGACUUUAAAAUGUCUUUUUUUUUCAUUCUUCAUAUAUUUCUAAUAGGCCAUCGAGUUUGAAGGAACCCUGUAUACUAUUUUUAGGCCUUGUAAUAUAUAUAAAAUAAAAAUAUGUUUUUUGACCUUCUCUUAUACAUUUUAUACACUCUAGAAACGUAAAAAGUUCCCAGUAGAUCAGGAUACAGUUACAAAUACCAUAAACCAAUAAUUGCGUUAUUUUUCCACAGUAUCUAGUGGUGUCAAAAUUUUUGUAAGCCGACAUUUUGUAUGUAAUCAAGUUCAUUACUGUAGGAAACUAAUGUGAAAUAAGCAAUAGCAAUCGAAAAAUUGAAAAUUAUUCUGAGUUGCAUUUAAAAAAUAACUAAACUAGUUUGUUCUUAAUAUCUUAUAUGUUUAUAUUGGUUUCCAAAAAAGCCAAGAAAAAAUAAAACAAAAUUUUCUAGUCGACAUAUCGAUCAUUAAGAGAUUAAUAAUAAUCCAAAGACUCUUCCGUUUGCCUUGAGUUGAAAUGUAGAAAAAAUAUCACAAGCAUAUUUCAAGCAUAUAAGUAAUCGUCUCUCCCAAAUAACAGGUUUUGGAUUUUAAAGACUUUCAACUAAAAAAUUUGGUGUUUUGAAGGGAACCUGUAUAGUAAAAAUAUUUUUGAAAUAACCUAAUCAAGUACAUAGUUAUAAAAAUUGCCAACUUUUCUAUCGUGACGUAUCAGCAAUAAUUGAUGCUUUGCUUCAUUUUUAUUAGAUUACAAAGAAAAUCAUUGUAAAAUUGAUUUGGUCUAGUUGCCUCUUAUCUGAGUUUGCCUUAUGUAUACACCACCGGCUUUUAUGCAGCUGAUUGCGUGUUAAAGUUUAAUAAAACAAUAAAAUCGUAGAGUGUUCUUACUCUUUAUCAGUAUAUGCUUGCUUGCAAUGCCCAAGUUUUUAGUGUAGUAUCAUCGCCCACUAACACGCAUAACAAGUAUUGAUGAUUUCUUCAUUGGCGUACUUAUUAGGCUUCCGCGUAUCAUUUUAGGCUUUACAAAUUACUUUUAUGCUUUCCAACAAUUUUUCGCCAAGAUAUCCAUUUGUCUUGUUUUGCUUAUCCACUUACUCAUUCACAAAAAUUGUUAUUUUUAAUAUAUUUUUGAGAAGUUUAUACGUUUUAUACGUAGUUCACAGAAGACAAUGUUUUUUUGCAAUAUGAAAUAUGGAAUUUGUUGUUUUAAUUUGGAUUUCUAAGUCGACUCUUUUUUUCAAAAACAUUCCCGUCACUGAUAUUAUACUAUGUUAAGUAUAUUUCGGAAUUUGAAAUAUCUUGUUUUUCUUUUCUGUAUACCCGGUACGUUCGCCAACCUACAAUAAAAAUUAUUUUGAAUAGUCUAUGCCAGUGCACACUGUAAAAAAAUGCUAUAAAGAUUUUUUGAAAAAGUGUUUUAGUAAUUUACAAUUCAACUAGCCUAACAUGUUCGUCCCAAAAUUAAUAUCAAAUGGAUUUUUCUGCGAAGAAUGUGUGCUAAAAUGCUAGCAGAAUUCUAGAAGCAAAACAUAUUGAAUUCAAAUUUA